AUGGACUUUACAUUCCACAACGGAACCAAUGGCUCGUCGCCAUGGGUCGAAUUCUACCCCUACACCCCCUCGGCCACAGCAGGAUACGCCUUUAUGUCCGUAUUCGGCAUCGCAACAGUCGCGCACAUCAUCCUCAUGUUCCCAUACCGCGCAGCCUACUUCAUUCCCCUCAUCCUAGGAGGAAUCUGUCCGUCCCCCGUCCCAUCCCCAUCCUCCAAUGCCAAAUACACCGCUGACUCUGCAGGCGAAACCUUCGGCUACUACGGCCGCGCAUGGUCCCACCGAGAAGGCAGAACCGCAAUCGGCCCCUGGGCCCUCCAGGAGAUUCUCAUCCUCUGCGCACCCCCCUUCAUCGCCGCAAGCAUCUACAUGGUCCUCGGACGGAUCAUCCGCGCCUUCAACGCAGAGCACCACUCCAGCAUCCGGACCAAGUGGCUGACACCCAUCUUCGUCCUCAACGAUGUUAUCUGCUUCCUGACGCAGCUUGCUGGCGCAGGGGUGCAGGUUACCGGUGACCCGCACGUCAUGGCGAUUGGUAAGAAGGCUGUCCUGGUGGGAUUGGUCUUUGCGCUGGUGGUGUUCGGGGUGUUUGUUUGGGUGGCGGCGGCGUUUCAUCGGAGGUUGGAUGCGGAGCCGACGGCUGUGGUGAGGGAGUGUCCGCGGUUGGGGUGGAAGAGGUAUAUGUGGGCGAUUUAUGUCUCGUGUGGGAUGUUGAUGGUGAGGAAUCUGGUGAGGACGGUUCAGUUUGGGUCGCGGAAGGGGUCUGCACUGAACACGGAAGAGGCGUUUAUAUAUGUCUUUGAUGCGGCGUUGAUGGCUGGUUCAAUUUUGGUAUUGGUUGUUUGGCAUCCGGGGAGGUUGGUGCGGAGGGCUCAGAAGGCGACUAAGGCGAGUCAGAUGUGUGUGCAGAUGGAGGAUGCGCCUGAUAUCCCGUUGACGGGAUAUAGAGAGGUUUAG